AUGCAAGUACUGCUGACUUGCCAAGUUGAUUACGCUGUCGAUGGAUUUCCGUACACCGCGCCGUUUUCACGUUAUUCCGAUAGAGUGGGUGCUCAACAGACUGCUGACGACCACCAGGUGUGUUUCGCCAACACUUGUUUAAACUCAUCACAUAUCGCUGGUGUGCUACCAGAGUUAGGACUUGGGCUAUCAGCUUACCUUGAUGGUCACAGAGAAACUCUGGUUGUCCAUAUGUGGAAACAAGCCGGUAUAAUUGAUCAAAUGACCUUCUCUCAAAAGCCCACAACAUACAACAACACCACAGUUGAAAUCGGCGGUUGCGUUUCGUUUGGCUUGCCCAUCUCCUUGGAUGAUCCCGUUCUGCAGAUAAGAAAAGAAAACGGAGAGAUAUUAUCAAGGCAAGAGUUUGACAUCGAUUAUGACGAUCAGGCGCCGGUCACUAUCCCCACCCCCUUAUAUGAUCAUUUAGUGGAACUCCUCGAUGGAUCAACUUUUGAAUGUUUAGACGUACCGAGAACUCUGAUCAUGAUUCUUGUCGGUAACACUUGGUUAGACUUGAAACUUACUGAUUUUGUCGUCAGGAACGAUGGAAGAUGUAAAUUGAAAGCGACCCCAGGUGACGUAUUCUCCAUUGAUGCUAUCAGUGAUCAUUAUACACUUGGCUUCGACCUAGAGGAGCAAAAAUUGUGGUUAGCAGACGAUCUCAACGAUGCGAUUACUCGUACCGACCUAAUGAUCUACGGGGGCGGGGCCCUCAGUUGUAUUGCUGUGUUGGUAUUUGCCUUUAUUACAUUCAGUCCUCACCGUCAUCAUAUGCAAUUGGCGGAGGAUGAAGAAAACAAAAUUUAA